AUGAGAAAGUUAUGGAUAACAGGUGUAGCGGUCCUGCUAUUGUUUUUGCUCUCCGCUUGUGGUGGGGCCGAGCAAUCACCUGCUGAGGAGGCAGCCGAGACCGAGGCUCCCGCCGCCGCCCCAACCGCCGCUGCCAUCCCAACGGACACACCAGUGCCCGCAACGGAGGCUGUCCAGGCUACGGAAGAACCCACCAUGGUGGCAGCACAGGAGGAGCAGCCUGAGGUGGAAUCCGAGACAACCGUAUCGGCGAAACUGCAAGCCUAUGCCGAUGAGAACGCCAACGGGCCAGGGGCGAUAUUCGUGGGCGACUUUGGGCAGCUGGCUGGUCCGGCGCCCGAACCCCGCUUGGGCGACUUUGACGGUAACGUCCCCCUGGAGGCGAUCGAAAAGCACGCAUACAUAUUCGAGUCCCAGUAUUACCAGAGCGUCCUGGAGCGGGCCAACCUGGAGAACCCGACUCCACUGGUGACCGAGGGCGAGGAGUUCGAGAUUCAGUACGCCUGCAUCAACCGGGCCCUGUUGUGGUGCGCACUCAAGGAAGACUACAUGUUCCCGAGGGUGCUGGAGCGAACCAACGGUCAGCUCAAGCUGGUCACGACGUCCUUCCCCGAGCUGGGCCUGGCCGGGCCUGACGUUCACAGCCUGGUUGCGGACGGUACCCUGGCGAUGGCAGACAUCGCCCAGUACAUUGCCGGUGCCUUCCCUGCCAUUGAGAUCGGCAGCCUGUUCGGGAUCUACCCGACCCUCGAACACAACUACAUUGCCAUGGCCCACGUGACCCCGGAACUGAGCGCCCUAGCUGUGGAGGCCACAGAGGGAGGCCAGUACAUUUCCCUGAACUGGCAUUCGGGCAACAACGUGUUCUUCUUCAGCAAGGACCCCCUGGAUACCGUGGAGGCCUGGCAGAAGAAGAAGAUCCGUACCCCCACCGCUGCCAUGUCCAGUUGGCUGGGAGGAAUGGAGGCUGACGCCCAGUUCAUGGCCUUCACCGAGGUGUAUACGGCCCUGGAACGAGGCAUCCUAGACGCUGCCAUGACGGGUGGGGACGCCGGUUUUGGCCAGCGAUGGUACGAGGUGACCGACUACAUCAACGGUCCUGUCAUCAGCUGGGACAAUUCGGCAAUGGUGAUGAACAAGAACGAGUGGGCCAAGCUGCCCGAGGACCUGCAAAAGAUCCUGCUCGAGGAGGCCGCGUUAAACGAACUGGAAGAGUUGCGGACCGCUGCCGUCCAGCAUGAGCAGGGGCUGAUCAAGAACACCACCGCGGGCCUGACGUACAGACCAUUUUCGCCCGAACUGCAGGACUUUGCUUACCAGAAUGCGGUCCUGGGCGCCCUCAUGCCGGAAUGGGUGAAGCGUGUCGGUGGCGCUGACCAACCAGUAAUCGACGUGUUCAACGAAAAGAUCGGUCCGAUUGUGGGGAUGAAGGUGAACCCGGACGGGACUGCGGUCGAGGCGCCCAUCACACAGCCUCUUGAUAACUUCAAGGCUCCCCAGUACGCCAAGUAG